AUGCAUCAGGCACUAGCCAACAGAGAUAAGGGCAUUACCCCACUGAACCUAGCCAACCUAGCUCUCAAUCCAUCCGCGAUGGUGUCAUCACCCCCCGAACUGAUCGAGAAGUGGAAAUCCAAGCCACUACAUGGACGCUAUAGAACGCGAAUUGAAGACCAGGCAGUAGACACCAAAGCAUCCCAAGAGUGGCUAAAAGAAAGUAUUACGCCGCAAUGCCUUAAUACAACGUAUGCCCAAGUAACAGCCUCUGGGUCAGACAAUACUACGGCUAAGAAAUUCAUUCAGGAGCUCAUCCCAGAUAUUGCUCAGAUUAUAGACCAACAGAAAUGUCCUAAUACCGAAAUGUGUACUUGUGGUCAACCCAAUCACCCAGGAGAGCCGUGCAAUGAACAUAAGAAAUGUAUCAACUGUGAAGGACAGCAUGCUGCUGAUUCUAGAGAAUGUCCGCGGAUGAAGGAAGAAGUUGCCAUCCAAAGAGUGAGGACGCUAGAAAAAAUUAGUUAUCUGGAGGCAAAAAGGAAAGUAAUUAGCUCAUCUCCCCGGGUGUCAUACGCUCAAGUUACCGCUACCCCAAGUGCUACAGUUAAUAAACUUGUUGAAGAACUUCUUCCUCUGCUUUCAAAAACGAUAGAAACACAGAUUAAACAAACCUUUGAUAAAUUUGUAAAUAGACCAGUACGGACAUUGACACCUUUAAAUCUACCUCCUCCUAACCAAUACCUAUCGGAUACGUCUACUCAACCAUCUCUUUCAGAAAAGAGGAAACGUACUGUUAUCCAAAAGGAUAAUGCGGAUGAUCCCGCAGACGAUACUGACGAAAGCUUUCGUCACAAGCCAGCGGAACAUCCUCACUUGCUAAGAAAAAAAAGGGAUGGCCGAAGGGAAAACCCAGAAAGCCUCCAGAUGAUAAGACGAUUAGUUCCGAUGUAA